AUCCAAGCAGCAUCUUAACUGUUUCCCCAAAUGUCUGCUCUUAGAGCCUUAUUUUAAAAAGUGAUGAAUCUUGAAAGAAAGUCCCUUUGCUUCCCAUGCCACAGGUGAGAGGGGAAGUGAUAAAUUUCAGGGCACAUUUGUAUUUCGCUAUCCAAGUCUUCUGAUAUUUUUAAUCUCUACUUGUGGCAUUAAGAAAUACUAGACUGCUUGAGGGGUAUGAAACUGGUUUGUUUUAAAAGACUAGCUCAAGUAAAAUUUGUGGUCUGCAGAUUUCAAGUUGUCUAGUGGAUAAACAAGAGGUAGAAAGGGUUUGGCAGCAAAGGGGCCUGUGAACUUGGGUGAUUCAUUGGCAUGGCCUCAGGCCUUCCCUAGCCCUCAAUUUUAUUGAGUGGGAUAAGGGACUGUGUCACCAGAUAAUGUGAGUAAAGUGCUUUGAGAUCACUAGAUGAAAAGCAGCCUGUAAAAUCAGGGUGCUGAUGUUAUUUUGUUACUGUCAUCAACAGAAAUAAUUGUUACUUUUAAUCAUUUUGGAGUAGGUGGGGCUCACUUCACUUCCUACAAGGCCAAUGUCAGAAUGAAAACCUUUUUAAUUGGGGAGAAAAGUACGACCCUCUGGCCGACUGGGUUUCUCAGAGAGGCGUCUCCUCAGUGCAAGGGCCUGUAGUGGGUGAUCCCAGCAGACCAGACGUGACCUUCUGCCGCGUCAGGAGCCUCACUGAUAAACCUGGAGGGAGAAGGGAUGAGAAAUGAGACCUGCUGCCCUAAUAUUGAGUUGCUUUUUUUCAUUUUUUCAUCAUAGCAAUAAAUAUUCAUUGUUCAAAGAGAAAUCCCUGCUCUAAGAUGUCCCCUUACUGCUGUAGCCCUUGUGUCUGCUGCCACUUGUUGGUGGCAGAGGAGAUGGGCUCUUCUGGGAGCUGGUCCUUUGAUGACUUUAGACCUGGUAAAUCCAUGUGCUCCCUGUUCCCGUCUGAGUAACACUUGGACCAGUCAAGGAUUUUAACUCCAUUUUCUCUCUCAAUUCAGAGUCCUUUCCCACACACAUGUAAGAGAAAUGGAAAAUAAUACUGCUUUCAAAAGACCUUUAAAAAACAAAACAAACAAACAAAAAAGAAUAGCCUUGGAACCUCUAGUCUUCUCGUUGAGAAAUGCCCUGGAAGGAUUUUUAAAGAUAUAUACUUUUUUUUUCUGCAGGUGAGGCACCGUAACUCGGUCGAACUCUCUCUGGAAAGCCCAGGAUUGAAAAAGGAAGAUCAGAGAUGAACUAACCUGGGAUCAGGGACGUCUUUGGAACUUUGGCUUUCAUCCCGAGUAAUCUUUCAGAGUAUCAGUUGGAAUUGAUUUCUGCAUCUUAUUCUGCUUUUUGGGAAGAAAUGGCUUCAAGGAUUUUAAGUUUCCUUUCAGUUUUGCAUGGAUUCUAUAGGAAACAAAGCCCUUGAAGGGCUUGGGAAUAACAAGAAAUCUGUAAACAUACAAGCUUGCUGUCUGUUUUCCUUCUCCCUUCAAGGAAAAGAGAUUUACAACUCAACCUUGUAACAGUUGUAACCCAGCAUUAAACAUCAAGAGGAACAAAUGAAGUAAAGCUACCAUUGCCAGACUCCGAGUCCUGGUCAAGUCCACCUGUGGGAGUGGUGGCAUUGAGAAGACUGCCAAGAAGGGGCAAGGACUGCAGUGCCAACAGCUUCUCUUUCAAGGUGGAAGGGACCUCCGGUUCCCUCCUGGAUUAAAAUACGCAGGGCGCACCUGUUUGUGGUGCUGCUCACGUCUUGUGGAAGUGUGGGAGUCGUGGCGGAAUCUGCUGUGUCCCCACAGGAUUUUCUUGCUUGCUCAGUUUCCUGCCCUACCUUGUUGUUCUCGCUGUCUUUCCUCCUGAGGAGCUGCCUCCGUCCAUGAGCUGCACCCUGAGCUCCUUGACUGCCCAUGCUCUCUACCUGCAGCCGCGUGCAUGUGGACAGCCUGCUGUUUGUCUCCGGUGCCUGAGCGUAGCCGCAUCUCGCGUCUGGUUCCGGGGCAGUGGUUAAUCCCCCUCUGGACUCGCCUUUCCCCCUCCCAUGUGCUUUGCCUCACUUGACAUCUUCUGACCUUCAGUUUGGUUUGGGAGGGGGAAGGGUGAUCAUUGCACAUUUUUGGUUUCCCUGGUUUUCGUCUGUACUCUCUCUGUUCCCUUCAUCCUAUUUUCUUGCCCGUUCUGCCACUGUGUGGGCCUGGGCUAUGCGGCAGGGCACAUCUCCCUUCAGAGCUCCAACAUGCCCGCAGAGUCUGGAAAGAGGUUCAAACCCAGCAAGUAUGUCCCGGUCUCAGCAGCCGCCAUCUUCUUAGUGGGAGCUACAACACUCUUCUUUGCUUUUACGUGUCCAGGACUCAGCCUGAAUGUGUCACCUGCAGUGCCCAUCUACAAUGCAGUUAUGUUUCUGUUUGUUCUGGCCAAUUUCAGCAUGGCCACCUUCAUGGACCCAGGCAUUUUCCCUCGAGCUGAGGAGGAUGAGGACAAGGAAGAUGAUUUUCGAGCUCCUCUUUAUAAAACAGUGGAGAUCAAAGGCAUCCAGGUGCGCAUGAAAUGGUGUGCCACCUGCCGCUUCUACCGCCCUCCGCGCUGUUCCCACUGCAGUGUCUGUGAUAACUGUGUGGAGGAAUUUGAUCAUCACUGCCCCUGGGUGAACAACUGUAUUGGCCGCCGGAACUACCGUUACUUCUUCCUCUUCCUCCUUUCGCUGACAGCGCACAUCAUGGGGGUGUUUGGCUUUGGCCUCCUUUAUGUCCUCUACCACAUAGAGGAACUCUCAGGGGUCCGCACGGCUGUCACAAUGGCAGUGAUGUGUGUGGCUGGCUUAUUCUUCAUCCCUGUCGCUGGCCUCACGGGCUUCCAUGUGGUGCUGGUGGCUAGAGGACGCACAACCAAUGAGCAGGUUACGGGUAAAUUCCGGGGAGGUGUGAACCCCUUCACCAAUGGCUGCUGUAACAAUGUCAGCCGCGUACUCUGCAGUUCCCCAGCACCCAGGUAUUUGGGCAGACCAAAGAAAGAGAAGACAAUUGUAGUGAGACCUCCUUUCCUUCGACCAGAAGUGUCAGACGGUCAGAUAACUGUGAAGAUCAUGGACAACGGCAUCCAAGGAGAACUGAGGAGAACUAAGUCUAAGGGAAGCUUGGAGAUAACAGAGAGCCAGUCUGCCGAUGCUGAACCACCACCUCCUCCUAAGCCAGACCUGAGCCGCUAUACGGGGCUGCGGACACACCUCAGCCUGGCAGCUAAUGAAGAUAGCAGCCUUUUGGGCAAGGACAGCCCCCCCACACCAACCAUGUACAAGUAUCGGCCGGGUUACAGUAGCAGCAGUACAUCAGCUGCCAUGCCGCACUCCUCCAGCGCCAAGUUGAGUCGUGGGGACAGCUUGAAGGAGCCAACCUCAAUUGCGGAGAGCAGCCGGCAUCCCAGUUACCGGUCAGAACCCAGCUUGGAACCAGAGAGCUUCCGUUCUCCCACCUUUGGCAAAAGCUUUCACUUUGAUCCACUUUCCAGUGGCUCACGUUCCUCCAGCCUCAAGUCGGCCCAGGGCACAGGCUUUGAGCUGGGCCAGUUGCAGUCCAUUCGCUCAGAGGGCACCACUUCUACUUCCUAUAAGAGCCUGGUCAACCAGACACGCAAUGGAAGCCUGUCUUACGACAGCUUGCUCACUCCUUCAGACAGCCCUGAUUUUGAGUCAGUGCAGGCAGGGCCUGAGCCAGACCCGCCUUUGGGCUACACCUCUCCCUUCCUGUCAGCCCGCCUGGCCCAGCAGCGGGAGGCAGAGAGGCAUCCACGUUUGGUGCCAACUGGUCCAACACACCGAGAUCCCUCACCAGUCCGUUAUGACAAUCUGUCACGCCACAUUGUGGCCUCCCUCCAGGAACGAGAGAAGCUGCUGCGCCAAUCACCCCCACUCCCAGGCCGUGAGGAAGAACCAGGCGUGGGAGACUCGGGCAUUCAGUCCACACCAGGCUCAGGCCAUGCCCCUCGUACGAGUUCCUCCUCGGAUGAUUCCAAGAGAUCACCACUGGGCAAGACUCCCCUGGGACGCCCAGCUGUGCCCCGUUUUGGCAAACCAGAAGGGCUAAGGGGCCGGGGACUAGGGUCCCCUGAACCAGGUCCAACUGUCCCAUAUCUGGGCCGUUCGAUGUCUUACAGCAGCCAAAAAGCCCCAGCUGGUGUCUCUGAGACAGAGGAAGUGGCCUUGCAGCCAUUACUGACACCCAAAGAUGAAGUACAAAUCAAGACUGCCUACAGCAAAUCCAACGGGCAACCCAAGAGCAUGGGCUCAGCCUCCCCUGGCCCUGGCCAGCCCCCUCUCAGCAGCCCCACAAGGGGAGGAGUCAAGAAGGUGUCAGGAGUGGGUGGUACCACUUACGAGAUUUCGGUGUGAGCCUUCAGCACCUCCCACCCCCCACACCUCUACGCCUACACCAAAGGGCCCCAGGCGGCCACCUUCCUUCCCUCAAGGGGCUCCCCUCCCCUGCAUGGACAUUUUUUAAACCACCAAUUCCAAGAGGAUGAGGAGUUUUAUAAAAUGCAACAGGGUUGGGGAGUCGGAGAGUUGGGGCCCUGAGACUGGGGUAGCAAACCCCGUUUUACCUUUUAAGACCUUCCUUAAUCCCUGGACCAGACUCAGUGGACAUUUGUGCAAUUGCUCGCCCUGGAGGGAACCAGAUCAUUUUUAAACCAGAAAUAAUUUUUUUUAUUAUUGUUA